ACAACCAUGUGCUCAGGCACAAAAUGAUUUUUUUAUUAUUAUUUUUUUUUUUAAUUUAUUUAUGUAUUUAUCAAAAUGUAUUUCAAUAUAUUUAAUAGGGUUUCAUACAGGUACAUUACAUUUCUGUAUGGGAUAUGAUCUGCUUUGGUGUAUUUAUAUUAAGAGUCAUGUUGUUAUAGGCAUAGCUGAUAUCUUGACAAUAAGUAUUUUAAUAUAUUUAGUAUGAAUUGAUGAUGAUUAUCCGUGCGUAAUUACUUAUGUGUUACAGAUUGUCCCUCAAGGCAUAUUACUUACCGGUAAGCCUAAAACGAGACGAGAGUCCCGCUGUCUCCCUACAAUAUGAUUUACACUUCACAAAGGAGAGGCUUCUGGAGUUUCGCUGUUGCGCAAUAAAAACGUUGCAGUUUGGAAACAAGAAGGAUGGAAUAGCGUUUAAUACAAAAAUUCCUUAAAUAUAUAUUUAUCGCGUGACCUCGCAGGUUAUAUGUUUUACAUGUAUAGGUUAUAUUUUAACCUCAUAGCCUACAGCAACGGACAUUGGCCACGUUCCUAGUUUUAUGAGAAAUCGAAACCAUGCGUGCUUUUCUUCGGAAACCGGACAUUUGUAGGUGGGUCUUUAGUCUUUGCUGUUUGUCGAACUGCUCUUUUUCCUUUUGUUCGUCUCUCGAUCACACACUUAAAGCUGCAGGAAAGUAAACACUGAUCAAAUGGCUUUUUAUCAGCAACAGCCGUUUUACAACCCGAGAAUCCCAUUCAGUGGGCAAAUCCAGGGUGGCCUGCAGGACGGCAAGAGCAUUAUCAUAAGUGGGCGGGUUUUACCAGGAGCUAACAGAUUUCAUGUGAACCUUCAGUGUGGUUCUCAUUCCGGGGCUGAUAUUGCUCUGCAUUUUAACCCACGCUAUGAGAGCCCUGGGUAUGUAGUGCACAACACCUGCCAGAGCAGGAACUGGGGCUCAGAGGAGCGCAAAUAUGAAUCUCCUUUCCCCCAAGGCCAAACAUUCACCCUCCAGAUCCUUGUCGAGCAGGACAAAUACAAGAUAUCUACUAAUGGGAGACACUUCAUGGACUAUAGACACCGUGUUCCAUACACUCAGGUGGACACCGUCUCAGUGGAUGGAAUGGUGGAGUUGAACUCUAUUGCCUUCCAGAAUCCUGCGCCCUAUUUACCUCCACAACCAGCCUUUCCAGGUUAUAUCGCACCUCAAGCAGGGUAUCAGCCUCAGUAUGCUAUGCCUCCAGGAUGUGGGUUCCCGGCAUACCCGUCUGCACCCAAUUAUACUAUCCCUUACAAAACCGUCAUCAAUGGUGGACUUUACCCUGGCAAAAACAUUGUCAUCAAUGGAGUUAUCAAUCCCAAUGCUAGCAGAAUAACAUUCAACCUGCGCUACAGAAGUGGGAUCGCAUUUCACUAUAAUCCUCGUUUUGAUGAGAAAGUGGUUGUGCGCAACACCAAUCAGAUGGAGAAUUGGGGUCCGGAGGAACGGUCCGGAGGCUUGCCCUUUCAAAAAGGACAACCUUUUCAGGUCACCAUCUCCUGCAACCCCCAUCAUUACAAUGUGUUUGUCAACGGGAAACAAGCACACACUUACAAACAUCGCUUCACAAUGCUGCACGAAAUUGAUAUUUUGGAGAUUUGCGGAGAUCUGCAGCUGAGUUUAGUGCAGGCUUAACAGGGAUCUGUGACAUUUCAUUUAUAAGUCACUUGUUAAAGAAAGAUAAGGGAAGGAAUUAAAUCGAUAAGAAGUCGAAUUGCUUUCAAAUACAGAAAAAUGGCUGAGUGUAAACAUGAACAGCACUGUGAUUUUGCUAAUUUGAAUGAACAUAAAUCCUUUUUUGUUAUGUUUGGCUUUCUGUAGUAUUAUUUAGCAGGAUAUGUUUUAUAUAUGGUAUAUAAGGCCUAUGGUAUAUAGUGUUGAUUGCGCAGUGGAUAAGACACAUGCCUUUGGUGUGAGAGACCUGGGCUCGAAUCCACCGUGAGACACCAAUGUGUCCCUGAGCAAGACACUUAACCUCUAGUUGCUCCAGAGGCGUGCGACCUCUGACAAAUAUAGCAAUUGUAAGUCGCUUUAAGCGUCAGCUAAAUGAAUGAAUGAAUAAAAAAAUUUCUAUAUA